UCCAAAACGUCACCAUUUUUCGGAAAAUCCAUUUUCCACUUAAUUUUGCGAUCUGGACCACUGUGCAUUGGGGAAUCAACUGGAGAAGAUGCGGAUAGUGGGAUUACGCGUGAAAAGUGGAAUAAGAAAAUCGAGUUCCUGCUGUCCUGUGUGGCGCUUUCCGUUGGCUUUGGGAACGUCUGGAGGUUUCCGUACACGGCGCUCAAGAACGGCGGUGGAGCGUUCGUGAUCCCGUACCUGAUCGUGCUGUUUGUGGUGGGGAGGCCGCUGUACUAUCUGGAGAUGGUCAUGGGACAGUUUUCGAGUCGGGGGUGCGUCAAGGUGUUUGACGUGAGCCCGUUGAUGCGCGGGGUUGGAGUUGGGCAGACCAUUACCAUGUUCACGAUUGUGGGGUACUACGCAGCGCUGCUGGCGAUCGCGGUGCGGUAUUUUAUGGCCUCGUUUGAGGAUCCACUUCCGUGGACCAAAUGUCAACUUAGUUGGGAAGGCUGCAUCUCGUCGAACCUAUUAUUAGAGGUACACCAUGGAAAUCAUUCUGAGCCGAGAGUUGUAUCGGCGCAGCUGUACUUCAGUAAAACUGUCAUCCAGAUGGCCCCAAAUCUGGAGAGUGGCCUUGGUACUCCCGACUUGCGGUUGGCACUCUGUCUACUAGUCUGUUGGAUCUGCAUCACUGCCAUGCUGAUCAAGGGGAUCAAGAGCUCCGGCAAGGUUUCCUACUUCUUGGCCAUCUUCCCGUACGUUAUCCUGAUGAUUCUCCUCGUUCGAGCCUGCACACUGACAGGAGCCAUGGAUGGAAUUUCGUACUUUUUCAAACCGGACUUCAACGCACUGCUGAAUCCUAUGGUCUGGUACGAAGCAGUUUCGCAGUGUUUCUUUUCCCUUACGAUCGGCUUGGGAGCCGUCAUCGUGUACUCCUCAUUCAACAGCUUCUCCAACAAUAUCUAUCGUGACGCCAUGAUCAUCUCCUGGCUGGACACGUUCACCUCGAUCAUAUCCGGUGUCAUCGUGUUCGGCGUGGUCGGAAACCUAGCGCACGUGACGAACCGUAACGUGACCGAGCUUGAAGGUCUGGACGGCCCUUCGCUGACCUUCAUCACGUACCCGGACGCGAUCGCCAAGAUGGACUUUGCGCCCAACUUUUUCGCCGUCAUGUUCUUCCUGAUGUUCAUCCUGCUGGGACUCGGAAGCAACAUGGGCAUUGUUCAAACGAUACUGACCUCGAUUCGGGACCGGUACCCGCAGGUUCAGACGUGGAAGGCCGUGCUGGGCAUUUCGAUCGCUGGGUUUUGCUGCGGUUUGGUGUACAUCACGCCAGCUGGUCUGCACGUGCUCGGAGUUGUCGAGUACUACGGGGUGACGUUUGCGUCGUUGACGCUGGUGAUCCUGGAGGCCGUCACGUUUUGCUGGAUCUACGGCGUUAAUCGGGUCUGUCAGGAUAUCAAGUUCAUGCUGGACAUCGAAACCGGACUGUUUUGGAGGAUUUGCUGGGGACUGCUGAUGCCGGCGUGCAUUAUAGUGGUGUUCAUUCUGCGGAUCUUCAAGGAUGCCGAAGAAGUCCCAACCGGUUAUAAGGUUUUCGGAUGGUGUCUGUACGGAUUUACUACGUUGGUGCAGAUCGUUGGAUGGGGAUCUAAUGCGGUCCGGAAGCAGUCGGAGAAGCUUGAACUUUCGGCAAGGCUGGUAAAAGCGUCGCAACCUACGGAAGAUUGGGGCCCGGAGAGUACCUCCUUAAAAAAGGAUUACGAUGUUGUUAUGCGGCGGUAUCGGGAAAACUUUGAUGAUGGCAGCAAUGUUGUCAGGAGGACUUAUAGGAAAAUAUUUCAAUAGUUAGUUUUGAUGAUUUGGUGAAAUUCUUAGAUUCUUUCCAGUAGACUAGAUUUUUAAUUCUAUUACAGUUACUGCCUAAACGAAUCUUUAUUAUUUUAAGAUAUAAACCGGUAUGCCAUGUAAAAUAACAAUCCUAAACAAUACAGUUUUAAACUAAUAAAAUGCACUUUUAUAAUAAACACACAGUGUAUU